CAUACUGAUUAGUACGUACUGUUUCAAUCGAAUGCAGUAUGUACUGUCACCGUAUGUGAUUCCGGACACAGCCUAUGUAUUUAUAUGUCUAUGGUUCCAUACUGCAGAAUCGAGGCGGAAGUAGUAGGUCAUCCGGUUAUUUCUUGCUUACUGUUUUGUGAGUACUGGGAAUCCGGAUAUACUACUCAUUUGGCGUACUGCUUUUCGCCUACUGUACAGUAGGGUAGUAGGGAUAUUCGGACGCAGCCAAUGUCGAAGGUAGUUACGUCAUCGCGCCGCUCGCCGUAGAGCGAAACAAACAUGGCGACAGAGUGGACCGGACAUGGCUGCUUGCUAACUUUAGUCGUAGUCCUUUGGAGCUCUGUGGGCGGUCAGACGGAGAUAACGAGCGUUGGCUGGAGCCAGAUACUGGGAAUGAGACUGGAGAGGAGCAACAAACCAGCCACAAUCACCGAGGACGGUGUCAUUCAGGUAACAGAAGAGAGCAGCGUCCAGCUCAGGUUUUACGGGCUGCAGCUCAGUUCGGACUCCGCGUCCCAAAUCCGGUUCAUGGAGAUCGGCGAAGAAGAGGAUGACAAAGACUUGGUAAACAGUGUCGAUUUUACCAAAGACAUUAGCGUCGGAACUUAUAUGAACGUUAGCAGUCGAGGGACAUCAGGUGUGGUGAAUGUACACGUUAAGCCGCUUCGCAAAACUGAGCGCGAGCGGGAAUACGUCGUGUGCAUCAGGAGUCCGGAAGAUAAGUGGCACCUGCUGACGGAGAACGACGGUAGGAUACGAGUUGUGGAGGAGAAAACUUCUCUGCUCCCUCUGUGGCUUCAGAUCAUCCUGGUAUCAUGCCUGCUUGUCCUGUCCGGCAUGUUCAGUGGACUCAAUCUGGGGCUCAUGGCAUUAGAUCCGAUGGAGCUUCGCAUAGUGCAGAGUUGUGGUACUGAUAAAGAAAAGAGGUAUGCCCGCAAAAUCGAGCCCAUUCGUAGGAAAGGGAAUUACUUGCUUUGCUCCUUAUUGCUUGGUAAUGUCCUUGUAAAUACCACGCUUACUAUCUUGCUGGAUGAUCUUAUUGGAUCAGGCUUUGGCGCAGUAGUGGCAUCCACUGUGGGCAUCGUGAUCUUUGGGGAGAUCGUGCCACAGGCGCUUUGUUCUCGCCAUGGUUUGGCGGUCGGUGCCAACACCAUCCUGCUGACCAAAUUUUUCAUGCUCCUCACCUUCCCACUGUCGUUUCCCAUCAGCAAGCUACUGGACUGGGUUCUGGGCCAGGAAAUUGGCACAGUGUACAACCGGGAGAAACUAGUGGAGAUGCUCAAGGUGACGGAACCAUACAAUGACUUGGUCAAGGAGGAGCUCAACAUGAUUCAGGGUGCAUUAGAGCUGAGGACCAAAACAGUGGAGGAUGUCAUGACGCCACUGAACAACUGCUUCAUGAUCAAAUCUGAUGCUGUGCUAGACUUCAACACCAUGUCCGAGAUCAUGGAGAGCGGCUACACACGCAUCCCCGUCUACGAAGAUGAACGCUCCAACAUCGUUGACAUCUUGUAUGUAAAGGACUUGGCCUUUGUUGAUCCAGAUGACUGCACAACACUUAAAACGGUCACCAAGUUUUACAACCACCCAGUCCACUUUGUCUUCCACGACACCAAGCUGGAUGCCAUGUUAGAGGAGUUCAAAAAAGGCAAAUCUCACCUGGCCAUAGUGCAGAGGGUGAAUAAUGAGGGAGAAGGAGACCCCUUCUAUGAGGUGCUUGGUUUGGUAACGCUGGAAGACGUUAUUGAAGAGAUCAUCAAGUCAGAGAUCCUGGAUGAGUCUGAUCUCUACACUGACAACCGAAACAAAAAGAAAGUGGACCCAAAUAAAAACAAGAGGGAUUUUUCAGCCUUCAAAUACGAAAGUGAAUCUAAAGUGAAGAUCUCUCCCCAGCUGCUCUUAGCUGCUCAUCGGUUCAUGGCUACUGAGGUGAGCCUCUUUAGUCCACUACAGAUAUCAGACAAGAUUUUGCUGCGAAUCCUGAAGCAUCCCGACGUCAUCCAGGAUCUACGGUUCAAUGAAAAUGAAAAGCGCUCACAGCAUCACUACUUAUAUCAGCGUGGCAAGCCUGUCGACUAUUUCAUUCUCAUCUUGCAGACCGAUGCAUCAGACAGAGGGCUGGGGGCAGUUUUGUCCCAGGUGGUGGAGGGGGAGGAUCGCCCCAUGCUGUACAUCAGCCGGAAGCUUUCGGGCCGGGUGGAAGUGGAGGCAGGCAAUGAGAACAUGAAGUUUGAGACUGGUCCCUUUUCUUAUUAUGGAGUCAUGGCAUUAACUACAUCAUCCUUGGCUGUCACCCCCCCUCUGUCCCCCUCCGUGGUGCUGCCUCGGCCACGGCGCCUUUCUCUUAAGAGGCUUUCUCUGUUCUCUCGCUUCCCAGAAUUUCGUUCUCCUUCACACAUUAGCGGGCUGAAUCGCUCAGCUUCCCUGUGCUACACAGAGAGAGUGGACUCUCUGUCCACCAGUGGCAGCACCUCGCAGCUCAACAGCACCGCCACAUCCCAGUACAUCCCCGACUUCAAUGUGCGUGCCCUCUCAGACCUGCAGUUUGUUAAGGUCAACCGUGCUCAGUACCAAAAUGGCCUUUUGGCCUCCAAACUGGACAGCACGCCACAGUCCCCGCAGAGCAAUCACAUUCGAUUGGACAGCAUGCUUGCACCACCCCUGACUCCACCCACGUCUUCAACGACCUGCAGCACAGCACCGUUAGCACUCAGAGAGGGAACAACCGAGACCACAAUGCUGCUAAAUGACAAGAACAGCCCGAAUAGUCACUGGGCUGCCCAACCACAGUCCUACUCUAACUCCAACUCAAACCUCAACACCAGUACUAACACUAACUCCAGCCCUCACCCUCCAUCCAAAAACCACCCUCAGUCACAGAGUUACCAUAACAACCCAAACACUCACACACCUCACCUGCACAUCCACACCAUCUCUCAUAGCCACGCACACACAGAGAGCACAAUCUGACAAAGCUCAUGGGGAGCCCUGGUUGGCGUGAAGCUCUAGAGAGGACCACACUGAUCCACAAACAUGCACAUACACACAUACAACUCUGUACGUGUACAUGGCCAUUUACAAACGAUAUGCAAUCUAACACAGAAGCACUUACGCAGAUUAACUUUCAGACGGGCCUUGUAUCUCCUCCCUGCAUGCCACCUUUUUUCUCCUAUGCCCAGUUUUAUGGCAUUUCAGUGGAAUAUAGAAUGGAGAUGUCUACAGCAAAAGUGCAAGAGAUUUCAGCUUGUGCAUAUGUUGUGAAAGAGAUCCUACAGGUGUAGUUUGAGAUUAAGAAACUCCAAGUUCAUUAAUAGGUCAGAAGGACCAUUGAUAGAACUCUAUUUUUUAUGCUAGAAGUCUACACAUUGCAUGAUGAACACAUAUGCACAUCUCCGUCUUUGAUAUUUUGGAUAAGUGUUUCUGUAGCAUGCAAUGACCAAAAAUGUCAUCGAACCACUUGGGCAUUUUUGAAUGAUAUAAGAGUGUAACAUUACAUAAGAAAUGAUUGCAAGAUGUGCACUUUUUAUUACCUUUAAGAAUCCAUACCAAACUUGUUGUAUGUCAGCGUUUUAUUUCUGUUUUUAGUUUUUGGGUAGUAACAGCAUCAGCUGUUACCAAGGCUGUCAGUGGAACCUGUGGUGAACCCUGUUCGGCAUAAGCAUGAAUUUACACUGCUUUACUUGGUUUAUCGUCAGUUUUUCAUGGAUUUAUCAGGUUUACAGUACACACAGUGCUUUCUCAAGGUUGAUAAUAUCUCACUUGUCAUGCUACAGUUUGGACUGUAUAUGUCAGCCAUAGUUAUGCAAAUCAUUUAAAAUAUUAUAUAUUUGAUACAGUAUUUGAUAUUUAUUUAAUUGCUUUCAACCAUGAAAGCUAUGUAACAGACCCAACCACAGCCUAUUGCAGGUAAGAAUAGAAUAUAUGGUAUCAGUAAAUUAUUAAAUAUUUAUUUGUGCCUAAAUUAAUGUGUAUAUAGGAUUCCCCUUUUGAACUGGAAUUAAUGUUUUAUGUUCAGAUUGUGUCAGUUUGUCAGGGCGCAUCUGUAUAUUGUUCAUUUAAGAGGCUAAACCUGGCCAAAACUUUCCAGUAUUAAAGCACAGAUUUUACCAUAAUGUGAAUUAAUAUUAGAUUUCCCUUGUGGAAGUCAUUGUCAUUUGAAAACUCCCUGUGCUCUCUCAAAUAUUGGAGAUGGGAGUAAAAAUUAGUAAUGCAUUCCAGACUAUGAAAACAGCUAUAGCUUUACUGGUGCUGAGACAGAAUCCACUGUGACUCAAAUCAAACUGUAAAUUCAGUGGUUUUUUCUUCCCUCACCUGCCAGACUAAAAACUAGCUGAACUACUGGAAAUGUUUAGCUAGACCUGCCUAUAUAAUCUUAUGCGAAUCAGAUUAUAUCCAUGUAGCAUGUUCAUUAGGACCAGUGAUGCAUUUGAGUGAGCAGGUUAUAAAUCAUAGUGUGAACUCUGCUCCAGCUUUAUUGCUUCCUAAUACUACAGUUCUAGCAAAGCGGAAAUGCUGUGUUCCACAGCAUUAGUGUGUUCAGUUGUUAUGACAAUGGGAGAAUAUUUGAAUCCUCAUGUGAAGUACUCAUUACUUUAAGAGAGCCUAGUAACACAGAUUGAGGCAUCCCUAACAGUUUUGUCAUUCAUGUUCCAGUCACUCAGUUCAUACACUCUUGUUACUUCAAGUUGAAAUGUCAAUCAGUUGAAUCAAGAGCAAUGUUUUCUGUUAAAUAGUAUGUUUUUCUGUUGAAUAGUUUGUUUUUUUUUAAUAUGACUCAAGUUAUUUGUGUUUCUAUGCCUUUAUGACAUGUCUAAAAAGCAAUAGAUAGAUUAAUGCAAGGGUUCAUUUUAAUUAAAUUGCACAAACAAAAAGUGGUUUAUACUUUACCUCAGUUGAUAUUGCAUGUGUAGAAUAAUUUGCUGCUCUUUUUAAUUUAAACCAAAAAGUGAAGUUAAAGGCAAAGUGGCAAAUGGGUUUUCAUGAGCAUAUUGAUCAUGACCAUACAUUGUUGUUUAACAUGCCGAAAGGUACAAGGACACAUUUAAAUUCAUAGGGAAAGACAUUGGCCAAAGCUAUUUGCACUUUGAUCUGCCUGUAUCUCGUUUGUUAGAGUAACAUUUUGCCCUUGUUAGGCCCUGAGUUGUGGAAUGAGACACCCCUGCAGCUCAGAAGUAAUUAAAUUCCUUUGGUCUAGAGGUCCAGCAGGUAAUCUGCUUUUAAUAUUCAUUGGCGCUUUUUGUCAAUGACCCUGGUGGGGGGCAUUUCACUUUCAAGUGAGUUGUAGCUACCUUUUUCAUUGAAGCGUCCUCACUUUGUCCAUUUGUCAACAUUGAAGGUUAAAGAUUAUAAUUGUAUGUAUGCAGGUGGGCUGCGGGCUUAUUUUCCACUGUGCAUGGUUUACUCAUCAGUGUUUUUGGCCAUGCAUCUUGUCUGUUGAUGCAUGAAACAGUGAAGCUUGUAAACCAGUAAAGCUCCUCUGACUGCUUAGGUAUCACAUCAUUAUUUGUAGAAGCAUGAUUGUCUUCCAUUUGCUAGCUAUGUAUUUUUCAUAGCAUUAUGUUUUCUUCUUCUUCAACAGAACAUGUAUGGUAUUGUGACCACCCCUUUUUUUUGCAGAGCGAUGCAUUUUAAGUAACUAUACAAAACACUGAGUUUGAUCAUUAAUGUCUGUCUGUGUUUAUUUCAAGGGAAGAGGGUAAUGAGAAAGUGUACUGUACUUCCACUAAUGUUUGAUUGUUCUAUUUAAAGCAGUGUAUACGUAGCAUUCCAUACGGACUGCUGUAGAAGUGAACAUGACAAUAAAUCUGAGACCUCUAUUUCUCUAUAAAAAUGUUCCAUCUCCUUUAUUUCUUAAGCAUUUUAAAUUUCUUGUUUUUUUCCUGUACAAUAUUAAUGUAGCAUUUUUACUAUAGUUGGGCAGUCCUUUGAGAAUUGUCGAAGGAAAUAUGUUCGAUGUGUGUUAUCUUCCUACCGCUGACCUAUUAGUAGAUAAUAUGCACAUUGGCUUGUUGUGUAAUAUUAUAUGUGAGGGUUAUCAUUAAAAAUGCCAUUUCUAAUUAUUAUAGCCUAUUGAAGUGCAUUGUCCACCUUGUUACCUUACUAAAAUAACAGGAUUGAUGGUAACAGGGCUGACACACCUCCUCAUUUGGUGAAGGACCUGGAAGAAGCAUAGUAUCAAUGUCGUUAAGGUUGCAUGCAUUUUUCAAAUACAACUACAAUAUGUAUGAAAUAGGGUAUGAAAUACUUUCUAUAUGUUUCAAAAUAUAGUGAACAGGGUUGAUAUUAUAUGAUUGGUGCUAGUGGUUACACAUAAGACAAAACAGGGCUGGAAAACUUACUCAUUACAGUUGAAUUCCUUGUGAGGAAAAUUGUUAUUCCCCAAACUUAAUUGAAGAAUACAUUAUAUAUUAUGGAAUUUUAAAAUAAAUACAAAUGUGGGGAGAUACCUAUUUUUUUUAAUCAUUUAGCUAUUAAAUAAUAAGCAAAUAUGAUUAAAUACAUUAUGAAAGAAUUAGGACAAGUAUGGUUACAGAAUAACUAUUGAACUUUGAAUGCUAUUGUUAUCCGAAUUCUAUUACUUUUUUUUUCUGCCAAGAUUUGUGCGCUAUCUAGUCCCGCAGUUUUCAGGAUUUCGAAACAAGACCAGUGCCAGAGCUGGUUUAGAAAGGGGUGCUUGUAUACAACUUUUUGAUUGUUCAUGCGGUUCCAGCGUAACAGCCGUUCAAAAUGCUUUUUUCCCAUAGGAAUGAAAGGGAAAAUCACUGGAAAAUCAUGCAGACCAAACUACAUGCACAAACAUGAAACUUUGCCAUCAUGUAGUACUCCCUCCUUCUACUCAGGCAAGAGAGAUCAGACUGAUCAGCCUAAUGGUGGCUCUAUAGCACAGCACAGAUUUUACACUGUAUGCUAUAUCAAGAACUGCAAGGACCUUUUUUCCCGCUGAUUCCUUGGCUAAAUCUGAACCAAUCUGUAAUUAGUUAUACCCACUUAGAUUUUUUGCUAAUUUGCAUAAUAUACAAAACAUACUU